AAGUGUGCAUGAUCUUCUCAACUCUCUAACAUCUCUGUACUGGCAAUUCAACAACUACAUCCGGGUAACUGUGGUGACCUUGGUUGGUUCAUCGUCAUGGCGGCUAUCGUUAGGUUGAGUUCUGUGUGUCGCAGAGGAGUCAAACCUUUGUUCUACCAAGGCGCUCUGUUGGCCAGGCCGCUGGUUGUACCACACAAAUACCAGGAGCAGUCCUACCAGCUGACGGCAAGGAUUCAUGCCUCACAGGCUCUUAACGCGAGCUCUGGCUCCAAAGCAGCCUCUCUGCACUGGACAGCAGAGCGAGUCGUGAGCAUCUUGCUCCUGGCCAUUGGACCCGUAGCCUAUAUUAACCCCUGUUCUGCCAUCGACUACUCCCUGGCUGCUGCCCUCACCCUGCAUGGACACUGGGGUAUCGGGCAGGUGUUGACAGACUACGUUCAUGGGGACGCAAAGAUCAAGAUGGCCAACGCCGGCCUCUUCCUCCUCUCUACGGUCACCUUCGCCGGUCUCUGCUACUUCAACUACAACGACGUGGGCCUCUGCAAAGCAAUCGCCCUGCUCUGGAGCAAAUGAAUUAACUGUGGACUGGGAAGCUUGGAGGACCGAGACACCGGGAUCGGAGUAAUCUUGUCCUGGCUGAUUGUAAAAAAAAUUCAAGGUGUUCUAUGUAAAUUCUUAUAAAUAUAUCAUGUUGACAAUAUAACAGUGAUUCACAAGGGUGUUAUUGUAAUUGAUGUCGAUCAAUUCAGGCUUGGUCUCUGUGUCAACAACUGGCAUCCAUUUUUAUGUUCAAUGUCGAAUUAAUUCUAGCAGCGUUCCCCUGUAGAUUUUGAUCCUAAGCAACAAGAUGUCCAACUAUACAAAUGGGAAAUACCGGUUUCCUCGCAUGUAAUCGUUGUGUUUACUGGGUACAUUCAUAAACAGCUACGACUUCAAUUAAGUCUUACACAAAAGUGCUGUUUUGUUCGGGUUUUGUAUGUGGCUCACUUCUUAAAUGUAUUUUGUUUCAUUCACAACGUGUACAUACUUCUGUUUUGCUGAUAAACUCAUCAGGGAUAGCAGGGCGGAUCCUCUCGCCCUCCACACUAACCCCCCCUGCUCAAAUGAUUCACGAGAUCCUGAGAUCUUUUUCUUUUGUUGCCACAUUCUUAGCCUUUCCCUCACCUGGAGUACUCAAGUUUCACUGUAUGCUGAUGACUGAACGCUGUUUUCAAAUUUCUACCUGUCAGUUUUUGUUGAGGGCAGUUAGCUUUGGCUAAUUGGAGGUUCUAUUGAAGGUUCAUUAUUCAUCCUAAAAUGAAGCCGAUCCUACAUAUGUUAUCACCAGUACAGUGGCUUUAAUGUUCUGCCAGCGUACAGAACUAGUUCACAUGGUUUCUGAAAAGAACGUAGCAUCACCGCGUCUGUAAGGUCAUUUGUUGAGUCGUACUUUAUGGAUUACAAACCCCCUCCAAUGUAAGUGAGCAAACGACAAAAUAAAAACAUGUCGAACUUCAAAAUGUUUCAUAUAAAAAUAUUGUUGGCAGUUUUGUUUAUUUAUUUCUGCUCAAAAAUGAAAGACAAAUGUCAGUGUUCCUUCAUCAAUGGACCUGUAUAAGAUUCAAUAUGUCUGACUAAUCCAACCUCCUUGCAUGCAGCUAUUUAUUCCAGCAAUCAUUUUCUUGUUCUGCUUGUAUAAGUGUUGCCGGCUUUAAAACUGGUUUUAACUCCAACCUCUUGUCUCAAUGCUCACACAGUAAAUGUUUCUGAGAGCUUACAUGUUCUGUGUCGGUCUGUUUGAUUCUUCCAAGAAUUGUCCAUUUGUAAUAUCUGUUCAAUUUUUGCUCAACUUUUCAGAUUAUACGCACAAAAUGCGAUGCAAGAAAAAUGCACUGUUCCUGCCUCAGCAAAAUAAAGUUGGCUUUACAGAUGUU